CCCUGUAGUGGAGGGUGAGCUGCUGAACAGCGCACCCUCAGUCACUCCUCCUCCUCCUGCUGGUCUGUAGUGUGGAGAAGCGGAGGACCGCGGCAGGGCAUCACCUCACCGGCUGGGCUGCUCAGCUUCAGCCCCAAGCUCUCAAACAGCCGGCCGAGUAUCUCCUUCCAGACCGAGUGUGGGGAUUACUGGUUAAAACAGCCGAAGACUGGAUGUUCUGCUGAACGGAUGCGUGAGGACAUGUCGAGCGUGGUAUGUGUGAAGGAGUUGGAGGGGCAGGGCGACCCCGCAGAGAAGCUGUCCCAGGAUGAGCUGCUAUGUCGGACGCGGGAGGUAAUGCAGGGGCUGGAGGCCCUGCGGGCCGAACAUCAGGUCAUCCUGGAGGGGCUGAUGGGAACCCUGCGCUGCCUCAAGCAGAGCCAGGAGGGUCGAGCUGUCGAGGAGAAAACCACCAUGAUCCAACGCUCACUCGAGAUGCUGGAGCUGGGUCUCAGUGAAGCACAGGUGAUGAUGGCACUUUCAGGGCAUUUAAGUGCGGUGGAGGCUGAGAAACAGAAGCUUCGGGCACAGGUGCGGCGACUGUGCCAGGAGAACCAGUGGCUGCGGGAUGAGCUGGCAGGAACACAGCAGCGUUUGCAAAAGAGUGAGCAGAGUGUGGCCCAGCUGGAGGAAGAGAAAAAGCAUCUGGAGUUCAUGAACCAGCUCAAAAAAUAUGACCAGGACCUCAGCCCAACAGAUGACAAAGACUCUGACUCCAGCAGGGAGACUUUGGAUGAUCUUUUCCCUGAUGAACAGGAUGAACCAGGUCCUGGAAUCCAGCCUCCACACAGUAGUGCAGUAGCAGCAGCGCAGCAGGGAGGCUAUGAGAUCCCGGCCCGACUCCGAACUCUCCACAACCUGGUCAUCCAGUAUGCCUCUCAAGGUCGCUACGAGGUGGCCGUACCCCUGUGUAAACAAGCUCUGGAGGACCUGGAGAAGACGUCAGGGCAUGAUCACCCUGAUGUCGCCACCAUGCUCAACAUCCUCGCCCUCGUUUACAGGGACCAGAAUAAAUACAAAGAGGCUGCAAACCUUCUGAACGAUGCACUUGCUAUCAGAGAGAAAACACUGGGCAAAGACCACCCUGCGGUGGCGGCGACACUGAAUAACUUGGCAGUUCUUUAUGGCAAGCGAGGGAAAUACAAAGAGGCAGAGCCGCUGUGCAAAAGAGCUCUUGAGAUCAGAGAGAAGGUCCUCGGUAAGGACCACCCUGAUGUGGCAAAGCAGCUGAACAACCUGGCCUUGCUGUGUCAGAAUCAGGGCAAAUACGAGGAAGUGGAAUAUUAUUACCAGAGAGCGCUGGAGAUCUACCAGACCAAACUGGGCCCUGACGACCCCAACGUGGCCAAAACUAAAAAUAAUCUGGCAUCAUGUUAUCUGAAGCAGGGGAAGUUCAAGCAAGCAGAGACUCUGUAUAAAGAGAUCCUCACGCGAGCACACGAGAGGGAGUUCGGCUCUGUGGACGAUGAGAACAAACCCAUCUGGAUGCAUGCGGAGGAGAGAGAAGAACAGAGCAAGGGCAAGCAGAAGGAUGGGUCUCCUUUUGGAGAGUAUGGUGGCUGGUACAAGGCCUGCAAAGUGGACAGCCCCACAGUGACAACCACACUGAAGAACCUGGGUGCUCUCUACAGACGGCAGGGCAAGUUUGAGGCUGCUGAGACGCUGGAGGAGGCUGCUAUGCGUUCCCGAAAACAGGGUCUGGAUACAGCCCAUAAGCAGCGUGUGGCGGAGGUGCUGGGGGAUCCAGAGGCUCGAGAAAAGCAGCGCAGCAGAGAGAGUCUGAACUCUGACACGGUGAAGUACGAGAGUGGCCCUGACGGAGGAGAGGAAGUGAGUAUGAGCGUGGAGUGGAACGGGGACGGCUCGGGCUCGUUGAAGCGCAGUGGCUCCUUCAGUAAACUCCGGGCCUCUAUCCGGCGCAGCAGCGAGAAACUCGUCCGCAAACUCAAAGGAGGAAGCUCGCGAGAAAACGAACCCAAGAACCCUGGCAGCAUGAAGAGGGCCAGUUCACUGGGAGUUCUCAACGAGCCGGACAAACCUGUGGGAGAACUCUUCAAAGAGCGAAAUAAUCGUCUGAGGAAGAGUCGGGACCUGAGUGCCAGUCACACGAAUCUGGCGCAUUGAAGGUCUACGUAGGUGGGACGUCCUGGUGGAGAGGGUACAGACAGCGGGUACAGAAGUGGGCAGCUUCCACAGACUUCUCUCCCAGCACUAAACUUUUUUUUUCUUCUUAUAAAUACACGACAGCUCUCAUUGACUCCUGCCUUUCCUUUCCAAAGCUGGUGUAUAUAAAUUUAACACAAACUGCUGUCAGAUAUGUGCAACUAACAAUCAUGCAUCCUCAAGCCCCUGUUUAAACAAUAAUGAGCAAAAAAAAAAUACACUCUACGAGUAACAGAACUUGAAGUAAAUCUGAACGUUGUCAGCACACAAAUCACAUUCAGGUUGGCACUUUUGACCCAGCGAUGCUGCUGGUCCUGCUUUUUUUAUUUUUUUAACUCAUUUGUUUUUCUCUGUACAUUUUUUUUAUUCCUUUAAAUGUCACCCCUGUGGACUACAUGUAUCUCUAAGAAGGGCAUGGUAACUUGUGACUCUGUGGUUUAGAUGUGUACUUAAGUGCAAGUAUGGAAAUAGUUUCUAUUGCUAUGAUGUUACAUAGUUUGCUUUGUUGUCAUUUUCUACCCAGUUUGGUUAUGUAAAAUAUUAUCACUGACAGCAUAAACAUUUGUAAUAAUUUGUCAACCUUUCAGAAAAAUUAGAGAUCACAAAGAUAUCUACGUCCCAUAAAAAAAAAAACUUUAAAACUAUUUAUUUCUUUGAUAAAUUGUGAACUGCACCUGCAAUUUUGAAUGUUUCUGUUUAUAUUGUGUAUUUUUUUUUUUUUUUUUUGGAAAAAUGGAGAUGUUUAGAAGACUUUGACAUAAGAAGCCUUAAAUGCUUUUUGAUAUCAGUGAGAAGAAUGUGGAUCAAGGGUUUCUCAGGACAGAAGGAGCAUGUGAUGGUGUACCAUGAAAAACUGCACUUGAUUAAUCUCAUAUAAGGAUGUUAUGGUCAACAACCUGUAACUGUUACAGUAGAAAGUUUAGUUUUUAGUGUUUUUUUUAUAUAAAGUUUUAUAAAACUGACUUUGGUGAGUUGAUGGACUGGCUCUGUUUAACUCAUCUACCUAUGUUGACUAGCUCCUCAGAAUAUGUGUCAGGUAGAUUUUUUUUUUUUUAAGCUUAAAGAUUGACAGCUGAGACAAUUUUUGUCUCUGUCCAUCAACUCCAAUACAUUGAUGAUUCACAUGGAGCAAGAAAUGCUGUUACACUAAAUAAAUAUGCACUGUAAAGACAUUGAAAAUAUAAAAUAUAUCCUUCUAAAAGUUUAAACAUGGCGAGGGUUUUGAGUAGGUAGCGGUGUGCCUUGUGAAAGUGAGUGCCUUGAUCAGGUCCCUUUUGUUGGAUGUAGGUUGGAUAUAUAGAGUAAAUGAUUAUGUUGAAAAAAAUUCUUUAACGUGGUUUUCUAAAAAUAAAUAAAUAAAUAAACAGAAAACCAAGUUUGACUGAAUUUCUUUUACUCAGUAAUGCCUGCAAAUGUUUUAGAUCUAUUAAUGCAGUUUUUUUGUUGUUAGGGUUUUUGAAACUGCAUGUAUCCUCUCUGCAUUGGGCUGCAUUUAUGAUAAAGUGCAAUAUGGUAGCUGCUCUGUGUGUUUGUUUAGUUUGAUCUUAAAUUUAGCACAUCCUACUGACAAAAGCUGCUUGGCUUGGUGUCGUUGUGAUUAAAUUUGUGGUUGAAUUAA